AUGAUAUAUCAGAGCGGCUCCAGGGCCGUCCGAGUGCCGUACUUACUGGCUAUACUCGUGUUCUCGACUCUUGCCUCUGCCCAGUUCCCAUGGGCAUCCACCAUCCCCCGUACAGGAUGGACCGUCACAGCAGACAGCUACCAAGCGGGCAACGAGCCCGCCAAAGCUCUCGAUGGCAACUCCAGCACGUUCUGGCACACCCAGUACAGCCCCAGCGAUGCGCCGCUCCCGCACUACAUCCAGGUAGACAUGCAGAAGAGCUACGUUGUCAGCGGAUUCUCCUAUCGGCCUCGUCAAGACGGGAACAGCAACGGUAAUAUCGGCCAGCAUACUGUUACGUUGAGCAACGACGGCACCACGUGGAGUGAUCCCGUGCAGUUCGGGUUAUACCUCAACGAUUCCACGGACAAGACGACCUUCUUCUCGAAUGCCAGCGCGAGAUAUGUGCGUCUCACAGCACAGACCGAGGCCCAGGGGACCGGCAACGCCUGGUCAAGCGUGGUGGAGCUCAAUGUGUACAGCCCCGACCCCACACUUUCUGCCACCCAGUUCACGUCUCCGCCAACUAGUCAAGGCUGCUGGGACACGACAGUCGUCCUGCCCAUAGUCCCGGCCGCCGGGGCCAUCUCAGAGACCGGCAACGUAGUCUUCUGGUCGGCGUUCCGCCCGGAUCUCUUCACCAGUGGCACGGGCCAAACCUUCACCUCAUCCUGGACGCCUGGAUUGCAGGCCGUGACGGAGCGCACCGUCACAAACACGCAGCAUGACAUGUUUUGCCCGGGCAUCUCCCUAGACGCCGACGGGCGCAUCACGGUGACCGGCGGCAACGACAACAAGAAGACGAGCAUCUACGACCCGGCAACCGCCGGGUGGGCGGCCGCGGCGCAAAUGAACCUCCCGCGUGGAUAUCAGUCCCAAGCGACGCUGUCCGACGGGCGGAUCUUCACCAUCGGCGGCUCGUGGAGCGGCGACGGCGUCAAGAACGGCGAGAUCUAUACCCCGGGCACUAACACCUGGAAGGCAUUGGCGGGCUGUGCCGUGGUCCCCAUGCUCACGAACGAUGCCCAGGGCGUCUACCGCGGCGACAACCACGCGUGGUUAUUCGCGUACAAGGGGAACUCGGUCUUCCAGGCCGGACCGAGUCGCAACAUGAACUGGUAUAAUGUCAGCGGGGGGACGUCGGGCUCGUACACGAGUGCCGGGACUCGCGCCGCGGACUCGGAUGCCAUGUGCGGCAACGCAGUCAUGUACGAUGCGGUAGCCGGACUGAUCCUCGCGGCCGGCGGAUCGCCUUCAUAUCAGGACUCCGACGCGACGUCCAACACGCACGUCAUUAAGCUCGGAACUGCCAAUGCGGCCCCCACGGUCACGAAGUUGCCGAGUAUGGCCUACGCGCGCGCCUUCGCCAACGGCGUUGUGCUGCCCGAUGGGAAAGUGCUGAUUGUGGGCGGCCAAUCAUAUCCCAUACCCUUCACGGACACGACGCCGGCGUUCCCGGCGGAGCUGUUUGAUCCCGCGACCGGCACGUGGGCUGUGAUGGCGUCCAUCGCCGUGCCGCGGACCUACCAUAGCAUCGCGUUGCUACUCCCCGACGCGACGGUCUUGAAUGGCGGCGGCGGCCUUUGCGGCACUGGCUGCGUCCAGAACCACUUCGAUGUGCAGAUCUUUUCGCCGCCAUACCUGUUCAAUGGUGAUGGCACGCGCGCCGCGAGGCCUGCCAUCGAAGCGGUCUCUGCGGCGCAGAUGGCGCCGGGAGCCGCGUUUACGGUGACGACGGACUCGCUGGUUGAUGGGUUCGCGUUAGUCCGGUAUGGGUCGGCGACGCAUACUGUGAAUACGGACCAGCGACGCGUGCCGCUUUCUGCGACUGGCGUGAGCGGGUUGACUUAUACCCUUCAGCUUCCUGCCGAUCCGGGGGUCCUGGUCCCCGGGUACUGGAUGCUGUUUGCUUUGAACGCGGGUGGCGUGCCGAGCGUGGCCGCGACUGUCAAGAUUCUGGUACCAUGA